UUGUCUAUAUGUAUAAAUAUUCAUCAUCUAUCACCUUCUAAACCAACAACUGCAAACUUUCCAAGUAUUUUCAUUGUCUAAAGUUCUAAACCCCGAUACAUAUUCUUCUCAAGAUCGUCGCCUUCAUUUGAUCCAAGAUGAGUUCUACUAAGACAGCAGCAGCAUACCCCGCACUAGCUUCCUCCGCCGCACAGGGACCGUAUCAUGUGCAAGCUCCGCCACCUGCCGGCUACCCAACAAGAGAUGAACCCCAAAACGCCGUUUCUGUAGAAACCAAGUCAAAGGGUGAUGGCUUCUGGAAGGGCUGCUGCGCUGCCGUCUGUUGCUGUUGUAUGCUGGAUGCAUGCUUUUAAGAUAUAAAGAUCCAGCGAUUCAUUCUUCACCCCAGAUAAAUAUUGAUCAAUAUGUUUGAUCAUUUGUUUUUAUUAUUAUUUUCCAGUUUUUACGGUACUACAGUGUGUGACAUUGUUUAUGUAGAUUAGAUGGUAUCUGAUUGUCCAGUUACUCAUCAUUGUAUAAUAAUUUGUUGUUGAUUUUA